UACACACUUCGUGUCUGUCGUCGGUCGUUCGUCGUUGUCGUCGUCGUGUGUGCAGUUCAUGAUAAACAAUUUAAAAUAAAUAACAAAUUUCAUAGACUUAUGGUGCACUAAAGUAAACAAACUGGCCACAAAAGCGGACCACAAGUGUUUAAUUGUACGCACUAUCCGCCCGUUGAUAGCUAUACCGGUUAUCGGGUAACUCCACCCCAAAGCAGUCACCAGCACAACAACAACAACAGCAACAACAACAACAACAGCAGUAAUAGCAACAACAACAAUCACUGCAGCAGCAGCAGCAACAACCACAACAACAACAACAGCAGCCACAUCCACAGAAUGGACACGGACGAUGUCGAAUCGAACACAAGCAGCGCCAUCACCACAUUGGGCACCCUCUUCUCAUUCCAAUCGCCGGCCGUGAAAAAGUUACUCGGCUGGAAACAGGGCGACGAGGAGGAGAAAUGGGCCGAAAAGGCUGUCGACAGUUUGGUGAAGAAACUAAAGAAGCGCAAAGGCGCCAUCGAGGAACUGGAACGUGCCCUAUCCUGCCCCGGCCAGCCAUCCAAGUGUGUGACCAUACCACGAUCGCUAGAUGGACGAUUACAGGUAUCUCAUCGCAAGGGUCUGCCGCAUGUGAUUUAUUGCCGAGUCUGGCGCUGGCCGGACUUACAGUCGCAUCAUGAACUCAAACCGCUCGAAUUAUGCCAAUAUCCGUUUAGCGCCAAACAGAAGGAGGUCUGCAUUAAUCCGUAUCACUACAAGCGUGUGGAGAGUCCGGUGCUGCCGCCGGUCCUGGUGCCCAGACAUUCAGAGUUCGCGCCGGGUCACUCGAUGCUGCAGUUCAAUCAAAUGGCCGAGCCGAGCAUGCCGCACAACGUUAGCUACUCGAACAGUGGCUUCAACUCGCACAGUCUUAGCAAUAGCAACACAUCGGUGGGCAGUCCCAGUUCGGUUAAUUCCAAUCCAAAUUCGCCGUAUGACAGCCUGGCGGGCACACCGCCGCCCGCCUACAGCCCGUCGGAGGACGGCAACUCCAAUAAUCCGAACGAUGGCACACAAAUGCUCGACGCCCAGAUGGGCGAUGUGGCGCAGGUUAGCUACUCGGAGCCAGCCUUUUGGGCAUCCAUUGCCUACUACGAGCUUAAUUGCCGCGUCGGCGAGGUGUUCCACUGCAAUAACAAUUCGGUCAUUGUCGAUGGCUUCACGAAUCCAUCAAAUAACUCCGAUCGCUGCUGCCUCGGCCAGCUGAGCAAUGUGAAUCGCAACAGUACCAUAGAAAAUACACGCCGUCAUAUAGGUAAAGGCGUUCAUCUGUACUAUGUAACCGGGGAGGUAUAUGCCGAAUGCCUGUCCGAUUCCGCGAUAUUUGUGCAAUCGCGCAAUUGUAAUUAUCAUCACGGCUUCCAUCCGAGCACCGUGUGCAAAAUACCGCCCGGUUGUUCAUUAAAAAUCUUCAACAAUCAGGAAUUUGCUCAACUGCUAUCGCAAUCGGUUAACAAUGGAUUUGAGGCCGUUUACGAGCUAACAAAAAUGUGCACAAUACGCAUGUCCUUCGUGAAGGGCUGGGGUGCUGAAUAUCAUCGCCAGGAUGUUACCUCAACGCCCUGCUGGAUCGAGAUACAUUUGCAUGGGCCGCUGCAGUGGCUGGACAAGGUGCUCACACAGAUGGGAUCGCCGCAUAAUGCAAUUAGUUCCGUAUCCUAAGCUAAAGACAACUAAAUGG